GUACUUGUUAACUAUACUAUUUAACUUAUUAGGAAUAAUAUGGUUUGGUUGGUUUAGUGUAACUCGGUAAAUAUAGCCCAAAGAAUAGUGAUGCCUAGCCACAUGCUAUAAAUCAGAAGGACAAACUUUUUACUGAUUUCACAUAAGUGGCAUACCAGGACUGGAUUCUAAGAAAAUGUGACAUAAUUAGAAUUCUUAAAUCAAGAAUUUUGGGCUUAAUUAUCUUUACAAUUACAUUAAAUUUCAGUUAAUACAAUUAUCUUCAUUCCCUUUUAAAAUAUUUUCUCCUGGCUUUAAAAGUUGAAUUGGUUUUCAGGAAGAGCAUUUGAUUUUUAAUUAGUCAAUUUUUGCAAAUACUGAUUUGCCAGAGAUUGUUAAUUCCUUUUUCUAUUUCGGCUAAUUAAGAAUAAUCCUGACGAUAUUAAUCUCAGAAAUAAUUGCUGAAGUGCUCCUAAAUAAAGAGGAAGCCAAUUUUUACAAAUAAGAUUUAACUUGUGCGAAUGUUAAGGUCUAUUAUUCUUUUAUCUAUCAUCGCAAGCGACUAUUUUCAUUUCCGGAAAUAUAAUAUAUUCGUAUCUCUAUGAUCCUGUAAGUGACGUAUAUUGGAUGCAGCUACGGGAAAAGUGUUCGUAUCGAUUGAGGAGAAGCCAAGAUGGCGGCGGCAGUAGGUGGCGGCGAUUUGGGCGCAGGAGGCCACGGCGUCGCAGAUGUCAACCUCCUGGGCCUGGAGGGCGAGGCGGGGCCAGACUCAGAGCCCGACUCGGAGGUGUUUUCGUGCGUGGCCCACUGCUCCGACCUCGCCUGCCGCCAGAACGAACAACGGCGGUUAGGCCUCUUCUGUGACGUCACGUUAGCCUUCAGUGGCGGCAGCAAUGAGGAGGAGGGGGAACUGGGCGGGGCCUCAUCCGGCUCCGAUCCGCCGCCGCGGGAAUUCCGCGCGCACCGCUCAGUCCUCGCAGCGGCCACCGAAUACUUCGCUCCUCUCCUUCUGGGCGACUUCGCGGAGUCCCGUUCGGGGCGCGUAGAGUUACGAAAAUGGAGUUCGGGAGCCGGACCAGACCCGGAGACGAUCGAGGCGGUCAUCAGCUUCAUGUACACGGGAAGCGUUCGCGUCAGUCCUGGCAACGUGCACGAGGUUCUGGAGUUGGCCGACAGGUUCUUACUAAUACGUUUAAAAGAGUUCUGUGGGGAAUUUCUCAAGAAAAAACUGAGUCUCUCCAACUCUGUAGCCAUUCACAGCUUAGCUCAUAUGUACUCUUUGAACCAGCUGGCUUUAAAAGCUGCUGAGAUGAUCAGGAGGAACUUCUACAAAGUCAUCCAAGAUGAAGAGGUCUAUACAUUGCCAUUUCCCCUUAUUAGAGACUGGCUUUCAGAUUCAGAAAUCACAGUGGAUUCAGAAGAGGUUCUCUUUGAGAUGGUUUUAAAGUGGGUGCAGAGAAAUCCUGAAGAAAGAGAAAAGUAUUUCGGAGAGCUCUUUAAGCUUCUCCGACUAUCACAAAUUAAACCAACCUAUUUGACUCGGCAUGUUAAAUCUGAAAAGCUUGUAUCAAGCAAUGAAGCUUGCCUCAAACUUGUGAUGGAAGCAGUGGAAAGCCAUGCUCUCAAGGGUGAGAAUGUUCAGUUGGGUACGCUCCAACAAGUUACCUCCCCCAUCUCGUCUCUGCCUCGCUUCGGCCAAAACAUGGAUGUUAUCAUGGUCAUUGGUGGUGUAUCUGAGGGUGGUGAUUACUUGAGUGAGUGUGUGGGGUACUUUAUUGAUGAAGAUAGAUGGGUGAAUUUACCGCACAUACACAAUCACCUUGAUGGGCAUGCUGUGGUAAUAACCGAAUCCUAUCUUUAUGUGGCAGGUUCCAUGGAGCCUGGUUUUGCCAAGACCAUGGAAAGGUAUAACCCAUGUAGAAAUGUUUGGGAGCAGGUUUCUAAUCUGAUAACCAGGAAGCAUUCUUUUGGACUUACUGAGGUAAAGGGAAACCUCUACAGUAUUGGUGGGCAUGGGAAUUUUAUCCCUGGUUUUAAAGAUGUAGCUGUCUACAGUCCUGAUCAAGAUAAGUGGCACAACUUGGAGUCUGCACCAAAGAUACUCCGGGAUGUUAAAGUGAUUACAAUAGAUAACAGAUUUGUUUACAUGGCAGCUCGCACACCAGUUGAUGGAGAUAAUGAAGAUGGCUUGAGGUCUGUCAUUAUUCGCUAUGAUGCAGACACACGACAGUGGCGAGAUUGUGAGUCUCUGCCACUCCUUGACAACUAUUGCUGCUUCCAAAUGGUGGUGGGCAACACCAAUUUUUACCAUACCGCUUCAUGUUGUCCCAGAAGCUAUCCUCUAGACCAUGAAGAGGCCAAGAGAAAAAUCUCUAACCAGGUAUCUGAUGACAUUCUGGAAAGCUUGCCACCAGAAGUUCUUAGCAUUGAAGGGGCAGCUAUCUGCUAUUAUAAAGAUGAUAUUUUCAUCAUAGGUGGGUGGAAGAACAGUGAUGAUACUGACAAACAGUACAGAAAAGAGGCCUACCGCUAUUGUGCUGAGAAGAAGCGUUGGUUGUUACUCCCUCCUAUGCCUCAGGCUCGCUGCCGUGCUACAGCCUGUCAUGUAAGAAUCCCUUUUCGGUCCUUACAUGGUACCCAGAAAUAUCCAAUGCCACAAAACCUAAUGUGGCAGAAGGACCGGAUCCGGCAGAUGCAAGAGAUACACCGACAUUCCUUAUGUUUACGGAGGAUGCCUCGGUCUCAGAUAGAAUGCUAGCUUGAAUAAAUACAUCAGAAAUACUCAUCUGUAAUUGUCAUGCCUGGCAUGGACUAAUGGUCACCAAAACUGCUGAAGCGUUGGAGACAAAGCUUCUUGGUGUUAAGUAUUUGAUGUGGAUUACAAGCACCAUAUGGAAAUUUGGUGUAUACUAGCCAUAAACAUGGAGGUAGGCAGAGAUAUUAAAUCUUACAACCUGUUGGUUUCUCCACAAAUAUGAUGCAGAUAAAGAAUCUAACAAAAUAAUUAUUCUUAUACUUUGUGGAUGUAUUCAGGUAGCAUAAAGAUUUAGCACAACUUUUUUACAUUUUUGUAUUGGACCUCACUAUAUAACAUUUAUACAGGUCCUGUGAAAUAUUCCAAUUUGUUUUACAAUGCUGGUGUAUAUGGAAAGCACCAUUUCAUUGUUUUCUUAAAAGAUAUUUUUAUCUGCUUUUGCAGAGGUGUUUCCUCUUUUUAACCUGCUGUAAAUCUGCUUAUUUCUCUCAAAUUUGGAGAUGUGCAGUAGUAAAAAAAAGUUUAUAAAACAAAUAAAGCACAAACAUUCUAAGAACUUCAAAAUGUUCCAUGAUUAUAAAUAUUUUAAAAUUGUAGUAGCAACUUGAAGUUGCUAAAAGGUGAACCUAAUAAUAAUUUUCAGUCAUAUAAUGGAAAUGUUCUGUUUUUUUUUUCCUUUAAGGAUGUCACUAUUAUUUUUAGUGAUGAUCAUUCUGUUAUUUAGUAGUGCCACAGAUUUCUCAUUAAUGAAUUUUAUUUAAUUGGUUCAGAAUUGUGGCCUUAAAACAAUGAAAUGACCAAAAAGAUCCUAAUUCAUAAUUAAGGAUUUGUGAGUUCUUCAUGGAAGGAUUAAAGCUGUGUAAACUUGUCCAAUAUCUUGACAGGUCUAACUACCGUUUGAUCUAUCUUUGACAAUCUAAGUCUUUUGUCUUAAAUGAUACACCAUUCCUUAUGGGGAUAGUAGUCUCUUUGAUUUUGAGUAAAAAAUUUGCCUGAACAAUUAUUUUUGACAUUAAAAACCCAUAACUCCCAUGUCCUAAUUAGAUUUAUAUAUUUUAUAUGGCAGCAUAUGAAAUUUAUUCUCAUCCAAGAUAAUUCUUGAGAUAGAUAUAAAUUAUUUGCUGCUUUCUGUCGUCUCUCCAUCACGCUGGUAGUAAGCAGAAUCCUGUUUUGUUUAAAGUUCUGAUAAUUUCAUGGAAGGUACAGAAUAUGUCCAGAUGAUACAAAUGUAUUUUUAUUGAACUAAAGUGUACUUAGGUUUUAGAAUGGUACAGAGUUAUUCAGGCAGGCAAAGUCAUAUGAACCAUUUAUGCAAUAUUUAAUGUACACUUGUUCAUCUAAUAGAAUAUUUUAUUUACAAAUUCUGUUGCAUUGCAGGUAAAUGUCCCAAGAUGUUAAACACGUAGUAUGAUGUCCUGAAGUAAUUUUUUUAUUGCAUUUAUUACUUAUCUUUUACUCCUUUUUCUAACAAACUGAAUAUAUAUUUACAUUAUUUAUCCUGCCUCUUCAAAUGAUUGAAAUAAAUUACUCCAGAAACCAUCUUUGGCAGGCAAAACAUAUUUUAAUUUCUCCUUUUUGUUUUUGGGUCAGGAAUAUAAAGAUGUAGUAAUGGCAAUGUCUAAGAAAAAUCUAGACCUGAUGUAUGUGAUCAUCAAAUAAUGUGCAAGUAGAAUCCUCAGAAAAAAAAUUGGCUUCUUCAUCUAAAUAUUUUCUGAGAAGGAUCUAAAAUAGUUACUUUCCUCUAUGUCUACUUUUCUCAUCUCUUAAUUUUUUUUCUUUUAACUAGUCCAGAUUUAUCUUUGGAAGGACUAAGAUGAGCUAAAUAGACAAAAUCAGUAUGGGAGAAAUCUGUAUUGGGCAAUAUUAUUAUUGAUGGUGUUUGAUUGGUAUAUAACUAUGACUUAAAAGUUUAGAAGCACUUUUUUAAUAAAUUAAAAAGAAUGUUACAGACUGACCAAUACUGUUUUCCAAUUUAGCAGGAAACCUAAUUCAUGUCUGAGUGGGGUAAGUAUUUCAAUUGCAUGUGUGCAGAUUUUCCUAAUUUACCUUUACUCUUCUAAUAAUACUUCUUUUUAUUAUAUAGCUACUGUAUAUAGUGGGUGGGGGCAAGGUUAAUCUUGUGGACUGAAAUAACAAUCCUAAUAUUAAAUUAGGACUAACGAGUUCUUGUCGGACAGCAUCACAGACAUUAACACUCCAAUUAUGCCGCUUGCCUGCCUUAAAGAUGCUUUAUUGUUACCAGACAUUUUUUAUAGUGUAAUAGCUGCUUCAGAAAGCAAUUUAUCUUCUGGAAAUCUUUUGAUAUUCCAAAGCUGCAGGGUCUAAACUCCCUUCCUCAAAACUAUUAUCUGAAGUACUAAUUAAGUAUGAUUUUUAAGAAUAUAAUCUAGCUCCAAGCCUGGACACAUCUGUAUGCAAAAUUUGUUUAAUUAGAAAUUGUAUAUUUUCAAUCUUAUUUUUUUAGAUCUCUCAGUAUUCCUUUUAAUCAUAUAUAUAUAGCUAUAGCUGUAGUACUUGAAAUUGUGUCUUAUAUGUGUCAUGAUAACCUUGACAAAAUUUUCAUUACCUGAAGUUAAACAUACAUUUGCAAUCCUGAUAGUAGGUAUAUAUGGCCUUCAUUGCAAAUAUUUUGCUAAAUCAAUAAAAAUAAUCUAUUGACCAUAUUGAUUAAAAUGCUUGUUCAAAAUGCUUGUUUAGUCCAAUAAGCUUUGUAGUUUAAAGUUAUGAGUCACUUUGGUUAUUUGUGAAUGCAGUUACUUACAGCUAUUUACAUGCCUUGCUUGGAGAUUUCAGUUUGUAUGAAGAGUUAAGAGCAGUAUGAAAAGCAGUUACAUUGUACAAUAUGUAGUGUCAAAUAUCAGAAUUUCUUAAUAUCUGGAUAUUACGCUACUAACUUGUUCCUUUGGUCUGAAUGUACAACUCUGGGUUAAAUGCGGUCUCUUCUUAUGUAGUCAUGACAAUAUUGACGAAAUUGCCUUGUAACAAAAGGAACAGACUACAAAAAUAUUUCCAUUUAGAGUUAUUAAGAGAUCUAGAUUAUAAUCCUCAGCAUACCUGAGCGUUUCAGUUAAAUGAAUGGAACUUCUGCCUGAGUGAAAAUAAUUAGAAAUAUGUUUUGUGGCAAAAUAUAUUUCUAAUUAUUGCAGUGGAGAUAUCAAAGACAGGCAGACAUCAAAGCUAGAUAGGCUCUUAAGAGACUUUUUUUUUAAGUUACUAAUUUUCUACUGACAAAAUAAACAGUUCAACAGUUUGCCUUUUAUGAUCUACAGAAGUAUUGUAGAUUUUUUUUAUAAUAAAUGGACAUUAUAUAUUGUCUGAAGGCUAUAUUCAUAGGCACGUGCUCUUCAUAUAUUUGAAUUUCUGUUUUGUGUUUGUAUCUGUUUCACUAAGACUCAACUUUCAUAAGAAAUGUUACUACAUAUAUCAGUACUCUAUUAUGGUAAUUACAAUUUUCCCAUAUUCGACACAUUUUUAUUACUAUAACAUCUACAACAAAAAACAUGAGAAAUAUGUUAUGUCAUUAUUAACAGUGUGACAAUAAGCCAUUUGCAAGAAUUCCUACAAAAGAAUAGCACUGUUAUAAGUGAUUUCCAUCUUGAAUUCACAUUGCGCAAAUGACACUUGAUGUGGGAAGAAUGACUCAGGAGAAAGUGGAGAGUUUCCUCAUUUGUAGAAAACUUGUAGUAUCAGCUGUUCUGUAAAAUGUUUUGUGGAAGUAUAGAAACUUCCCAACAAUGUCUUUUACAAUUCUGGGAAAGGGUUAUUUGUUUAUAAUGGUUGUAAAUCUGUUGAUACAAAUUGAUGCUCAGUUGGUAAGCCAAGCUGAUACUUAUGGACCUCUUAACUCACUGGCUGUCUCUGAAUUUGAAAAAAAAAAUAGUAAAAAUAUAAAAAUUUAUAAAAUAUAAAACUCUUUCUCCCAAGAGUUCGUAAUGGAUCAGGAAUUCAUAAGAUAAUUUCCUGUUUCAUUUUUCUGUUGUGAUCCUAAUUUGUAUUUGUCUGUUCCUCAAUAAAUGAGUUGGCUCUAAGACUGCAAUACAAUUUUCACCUGGUUCGGGCAGAAUGCUCUAUCAGGGGUGUCAAACUGCCGGCCCGCAGGCUGGAUGUGUCAUGCCAAAACUGCACCCACCUCAUUGCCGGCAAUGGGAAAAAGGUCGCAAUACGUCGUGACACAUCACAUGACGUUGCGAAUUUGACACCCGUGCUCUAGAUACUAUGCUGGCCUCUAAACUUUAUUUUUUAAAAUGCAAUUCAUUAUGUGCUAUAUUACCUUGUGUAACCCUAAAUACUAAUUCAAUAAACAUUUUAUUUCUCUAUA